AUGGCUUCCACAACGGCCUGCGUGUCCAGGGUGAAUGUGUUCAACCCAUUGAUUCAGGGAAACACCCUCAGGUCAAGAUGUACAAGCACUGUGCGCCUGGCUGCUCCGGCUUUUAGGCCGGCUCUCCGAGCUGCUCCCGUAGCUCCUCGUUGCAGCUUCGAGGACUCGUCUUCUUCGGCAACCUCCAAGCUCGUUAAACGGACCACCUCUUCCAUUGUUGCUCAAGCUGCUGAGGGUGCUGCCGCCCCUGCACCUGCCGAGGGCCCAGAGGGCCUUAAGAAGAUCAUUGAGACCCUCACCACCCUCUUCCCACUCUGGGUCAUUCUUGGAACCGUCAUCGGUCUCGUUAAGCCUUCAGCUGUGACAUGGCUCUCAACCGACCUCUUCACAUACGCUCUCGGUUUCCUCAUGCUCUCCAUGGGCCUCACCCUCACCUUUGAGGACUUCCGCCGCUGCCUCCGCAACCCCUGGACGGUCGGAGUCGGUUUUAUCGCGCAGUACUGCAUUAAGCCCAUUCUUGGCUAUGCCAUUGCUCUGGCGCUGAAGCUCCCCGCCCCUCUGGCCACCGGGCUCAUCCUCGUGUCGUGCUGCCCCGGCGGUCAGGCGUCCAAUGUCGCCACCUAUAUCUCUCGCGGCAACGUCGCCCUCUCCGUGCUCAUGACCACUGCGUCCACCAUCGGCGCCAUCUUCAUGACGCCCUUCCUCACCAAGGUUCUUGCCGGCCAGCUGGUGCCCGUCGACGCCAAGGGUCUGGCCCUCAGCACUUUCCAGGUCGUGCUUGUGCCCACCAUUUGUGGAGUUCUCGCUAACGAGUUCUUCAACGACAUCACCAAGAAGAUCACCUUCUUCACGCCACUUGUUGGUGUCGUUCUCACCACCCUGCUCUGCGCCUCCCCGAUUGGUCAGGUGGCGGAGGUGCUCAAGGCCCAGGGCGCGCAGCUCAUCCUCCCCGUCGCAGCUCUGCACGCCUUCGCCUUUGCUCUCGGCUACUUCCUCUCGAAAAUCUUUAACUUCAGCGAGUCCACCUCCCGCACCAUCUCCAUUGAGUGUGGCAUGCAGAGCUCGGCCCUUGGGUUCCUUCUAGCCCAAAAGCACUUCUCCAACCCACUGGUCGCUGUGCCAUCUGCUGUCAGCGUUGUCUUCAUGGCUCUGGGAGGAAGUGCUCUCGCCGUCUUCUGGCGGAACAACCCACUUCCCAAGGAUGACAAGGAUGAUUUCAAGGAGUAG